UCAAGCGGAUUACCUAAAGCCUGAACAGACCAAACAGCUGUUUGGCAAUGGGGGUGCUGGUGUUGGUAGGAUGAGCACAAUUGAAUGGGAGACAUUUAUAGGGUGUCCAUAGUAACCCACAGCACUUGCAACACUCCAUUGUCAUCUUUGCCUUAAUGCUGGAAAGGAUGAAGAACCGAGGAACCAAACAAGCAUGUCGGGAAUACAUGCGCAAAGGAAACAGAAAAAGCUGAAGUAGGCGCACCACACCUUUCCGCGUUUUUCUGAGCCUAAAGAUAGCAAAAUGCUCAACAAUCGGAUGUGUUAGAAAUUGCGUGCCAAUGUUCUUUUAUUUCAGCUGCGAAAUGACAGUCGAUGGUCAAUGGUGUCAGUGCUAUAGACACUAGAACGCUAGAACUAUAAGGGGCUGUUCACAUCGAACGCGUUUUUGCGUCUGUCCGCUUUGUUUUUUUUAAUUGUUUUUCUAUGUAAAAUUGCUCUAGACGGACGUUUUUAUGCGGUGCGUUUUCUUUCAGCGUCUCGCACAAGAGCGCCGCAUGUUUUAGACGCCUUGUCAAGUAAACAAAAACGUGAACUUAAAAAAGGGGCUUUAGACACCUCCUUUUUGUUAUAUUUGUUGAACCACAUCUUGAUCUUUUUUCUCUCCAACGUCUCGUGUAGGAACGCCGCGUUUUUAGACGCCGUGACAAGUUAAAAAGAAGGUCAACUUUUAAUAAGGCGCCUCGAGACUCUUGGGUUGUUAUUAGUUGCGUCGCGUCUCGAUGUUUUUUCUGUGUCUUGCGCAGGAGCGCCGCGUUAUUUAGACGCCGUGUUAAGAUAAAAGAACGUCAACUUUUAAAAACGCAUCUGGAGACAUAUUGCGUUCCGUUAUAUUCGUUGCGCUGCGUCUGGCGUUAUUAGCGCAAGAACGCGUUCCGACUGAGCAGUCCGGAGCUUUAAUUGCAAACAAACAAGCGUAUUUUUGCGUUUUUAGUUGACAUUUUAUAUUGUCCUUUCACUAAAACUGGCCACUCUGUAGAAUACGUCGCUGUGUAAUCGAAUGAUGUCAUCUAUAUUCGCGUGUUGUGUUCUCAAAGUUGGCACUCGCUUCAAAGAACAUGCUUGUCGGGCAUCUCUUUAACUCCACGAUCCAUAAUGCUGUCCUCUUGGAACGUUAGUCAACCUUGAUGCCACCGAAAUGCUGCCGGGCUCGAUUCAGAUAACGGGAGAGGCGCUGUCCGGUGCUGAAAUCAAAGAUAUAUGCGACAAUCUGAAAGAGAACAGUGUGCGGCUUCUGUCUGUUCGGGGAUGUCAGCUGUCCGAUCGAGACUUCGGCCGUGUGUGUCGCGGCGUGGCAGAGUCGCAUUCUCUCGCGCAACUGAACCUGAACCUCGGUGUGGUGUCCACCAUCAACCGGACGAAGCAGCUGGCAGAUGCGCUGAAGGCCAACAGAUCCAUCCAGACACUCUUUCUACAUGGGAGUCCACUGUUAGAUGCAGGAUUGGUCACUCUUAAUGCAGCUCUCUCCACUCACCCCUCGCUGGUGUCAUUGGAUUUGGGCGACUGCAUGCUGGGUGAUGAAGCAGUGCGUCUCAUCUGUGGCAUGCUACCUCCGGAUGGAGCUAAAUCAGGGCUUAAAGAGCUUACACUGAGUGCCAACCCAGCCAUCAGCAGCCAGGGUUGGGCUCGACUGGCCAUCGCUGUAGCACAUAGCUCACAGUUAAGGGUCCUCAACCUUGACUACAAUCCUUUAGGGGAUCAAAUUGCUGGAAUGUUGGCUGUCACUGUUGCGUCCAGUCGAACUCUGGAAGUUCUGGACUUGGAGGGGACUGGCCUCAGCAAUAAGUCAGCACAGGUCUUCCUAGACAUGGUGGAGAACUACCCCACCAGCCUCCGUGUGCUGGUUCUAGCCGAAAACGACAUCAGCCCUGAGCUCCAGCAGCAGAUCUCAGAUCUGCUCUCUGAAGGAGAGGAGGAGGAAGAUAAAGACGGAGAGGCCUGUGGAAGCUCGGUGACCCCCAGAGAGAAACCGGCCUGGGUUCCCCACAUCAUAACUGCUUCUAAGAAGCCGGGGAACAAGGGAAGUACAGAAACUCACAUUUCUCAUGCAAUAUUUGGGAGAGAUCGGAUAUUAUUUAUGAAAUAGAGAUUUACAUUUCUUAUAAUUGCCAGGUUGUGAGUUGUUCUCUGUACUGUAUGUCCUAAAGUCAUUAGAUUUUUUGUAAGGUUUUUUUAAAGGAAUUAGUUCAACCAAACAUGAACAUUCUGUCAUUAUUUACUCACCCUUAUGCUGUUCCAAACCUGCAUAAACUUUCUUUUGUUGAACACAAAAGGUGAAUUUUGCAAGAAUCUCCUGGUUGCUUUAUUGCCAUAUAAGGAAAGUGAAUGAAGACUGGGGGUCUUUGGAGCUCAAAAAAAAAAAAAAGUAAAAAAUGUAAAUUUGGGUCUGAGCUUCACACAAAGCUCUCGUAAGGCUUAAGAAGACUUGGAAUAUAGCACAAAGGUCAUAUGGUCUACUUUUAUGUUGUUUGGAACUUGACAUUUGCAGUCCCAAUUCAUUUUCAUUAUAUGGAAAAGAACAGCUGGGGAAUUUUUCAAUUUUAAAAAUUCACAGAAAAUAGAAAGUCAUACGGGUUUGCAACAACAUGAGGAUUAAUAAAUGAUAACAGAAUUUUAAUUUCUAGGUGAACUAUCCCAUAUGGAAGAAACUUUAGUAGACAAAGAAACUGGUUCAGUCUUUUCCUGUCCUCUUUAGAAGUACACAUUUCAAACAUUUACCAAAUUGUCUCUGACCCUUCCAGACUCUUCCAGCUCCCAGAUGGUCCUGAUGACAUCAGGACUGGGUGAGAGCUUUUUGGCAGAGACAGAGAUGUGAAUCUGGAGCUGCCAGUGUUUUGUGUUUGCAGUGUAUGACUGCGGCAAGACCACCAGUUUGCGUGCCAGCACUUACACCGCAUGACCUGUAGCACUUAGCGGAAGACAGUUUGAAGCUGGAGCAAAAACCUUAAACACCAAGUGACUUAUAAUACACAAUAGUGAAUGAUUUAUUUAACAGAUGUAAAAUCUAUUUAUAAAUAAGUAUUUAACCAAUAAAAGUAUACUCCGUUAGAUGAGCUGUAUAGGAUUGAUGUGAU